AGAACGGUAAAAUUUAAAUUAAUAUUUUAAAAUGGUUGAAGAAAAUGAUGGAAAAAAAACCUUUAAAAGUUUACACUUAAUUGUAAUUGCCUCAGUUUUGCUUCCAGUUUUUACUUUAUGUAUUUCUUAUAUAGUUGGGUUUAAAUUAGAAAAAAUUAAUCCUUCUUUUGUUCCCUUUGUAAGUGACACUGGAGAUACGAGGCCGCACUCGAGUAUUUUUACAUUUGGAUUGUCACUUAGUGGAGUAUUAACGUUGGUUAUUAUUACAAUAAGGUAUUACCAAGUAGAAUAUAUUUUGUUGGAAGCAAAAACGCAAAGCAGUUGGAUAAACCAAUUUUCGUUAGUUUCCGGUUUAACGCUUGUGUUCGGGGAGUUUAUCGUUGCAGCUUUCCAAAUUUCAAACGUAAAGUCUGUGCAUUUUAUUGGCGCUGGUAUGCAUUUUGGUGGUGCCGCGUUGUUUUGCGCAACUCAAUGUUAUUUCACUUACAAAAGUUCAAAAAAAAAGUGUCAAAUAACUUUUGUUGUUCGAGUUGUAUCUACAGCAAUAAUGACUGCUUCGUCUAUUGUGUUUAGUGUUUUUAUGAUACCUUCCUUGAACAAAUACAAUCGUAAAGGCGGAAGUGUUGGACAGAUCUUUGAAUGGCUUCUCGUUUCCACUCAACUAAUUUUUAUGCUUACAUUUUUAAAAGAAUUUCGCGAAUUGGAAAUUGAAUUCAGGUUAAGCAAGAUAAAUAAUCUUCAAGAUACUAGCGAAGAAAGUAAAAAAUUAGUGAAUAUUGCAUCUUUUACAUUUUCGAAGACAUAUCAGAGAAUUGACUAGACUAAUAUAAUUUAUACUUUUAAUUUGAAAUAUGUAAAAAUCUACUUAAUUAUUCUAAUAGUUUUUUCUCUAAA